AUGAGUUGUCUCCGACAAAAGGAGAGCAAGAAGGACCACAUCUAUACACCCCUUCACUAACAUGUAUAUAUAGCCCAUCUAUACUGUUUCCUCCUCACCAAAACUAACAACCACAUUUUUGAAGAGAAAUCACACCCCAACCAAAAAAAACCCUAAAACGCUAUAGCUAUAUAGCUCGUAAAGCAUAAAUAUAUAACAACAUCAACAACAAUGUCUGGUGUGUGGGUGUUCAACAAGAACGGAGUGAUGAGGCUGGUGGAGAAUCCUUACAACCAAUCGGCCGGAGAUUCGUCGGAAUCUUCCUCUUCCGGCGGUAGCCAGCAGCAGAGGAUGAGGAGGAAGAUUCUCGUCCAUCUUCCGACCAACGAGGCUGUCUCUUCGUACGGAUCACUUGAGAAGAUCUUGAAGAAUCUUGGGUGGGAGAGGUACUACGGUGGAGACAACACCGAUCAUCUGCUCCAGUUCCACAAGAGAACAUCGAUCGAUCUCAUCUCUCUCCCUCGCGACUUCUCCAAGUUCAACUCUAUCCAUAUGUAUGAUAUCGUCGUCAAGAACCCUAACGUCUUCCAUGUCCGGGACAUGUAGUAGUCGAUCAUCAAAAACAUGGUUCAAAAGUUGAUCCUCCAAUUAAUCAUCCUCGAUCGCUGAUAUAUCUACCAUGUAUAUAUAUAUUUACUUAAAAAUACAUGCAGGCCCUUGCUUUGUUUUUUCUGUUGUUGUUGUUGUUGUUGUUUUGGUUUAUUCUACUUUCUACUUUCUAUGCAAUUAAUGUGUUUUUGUGUUGGUCGAUUUGGGGUGGGUUCAAACUAGAGCCAAUUUAAUAACUUGUACUAGUAUCAUUUU